AGGCACUAUGACCGACUAUUAAACAAACAGGAUUUCACCCAGAUGAAGAGUUGGAAUCCCUCAUACGGUACCUGCAUAUUCGGUAUUAGCAGGGAGGGAUCUCUGCUAUCUAGAGCUGUGGGACAGCGGUGGAUAUGUAGUGACUACACUGACUGACCAGGAAAACUUCACCACGCGUUCAUUCUGCAAACCACACUCCUUUUGCGCCGCACUUUGGAGAGGAACAGCGUGGAGACGCUCAAGAGCUUUUCUUUCCCUAAAGAACAGGAUAUCAUAUCUCACAGUUUCCAAAGUCACUCAGAGCUGAAGAGUGUUGCUCAAAAACAGAAGACUAGAUGGCUAAGUCUGCUACACUCCAUAGUGCAUGGCAGCUGGUACAGUGAAAUAAUAGCACUGUAUAUUUCUCAAUGAGAUAGCAGACAAGGUGUGAAGACUCCACUAUACUCCAACGCCUGCAGCCACUAGAGGAUAUAAAAAUUUAAAGGCAGUCACGCACAUUUGAAGUUCUGGACCAGUCACCACUGCUCUUGGCUGUUGGCUCCAUUCUGGACCUUUGUAGUGACCUUCAGGACCUUGACCAUGGCAGCAGAGUUCAUCAAAAACUGCUGCAAGGGGCUCCUGUCCAAGGAGCCGGAGCCCGAGCCUGAGGUGUUUAAAGAAGGCACCCCGCCCGCCCGGACUAAGAAAUCUACGAGUGUCACAGCUGGUGACAAACCACCUGGGAAUCCCGGUUUUGGAAAAAGGAGAGUUGGGUGUUCGGAGGAUUAUCUCCUCUCGAAGCUGCCUCCUGACGGGAGAGAAGUGCCCUUUGUCGUGCCGACAUUCAAGCCUUCAUACAUUCAACCCAGCCAUCUCUACCUCAGCUGCCAGGAAGGACUGCAAGGCUCGGCCAGGAGCACUUUCACGGACCGAAAGGCAGAGCUGUCUGGUCUGAGUCAGGUUGUCUAUGAUCCUGAUGCAGUCUUUCAUCCCAACUACAUGUUGGACCACAUAUCCCCGGGAUCAGCUCGCCGCCAACCUCUCAAAACCAAGGGAGCCAACAUCCAUGGAUCAGCGUGGGACCUGAAAAGCAGCAAGACCCUUGCAUCUGUCGGACUGAGUGGCUCUUCCUUGGACCUGGGCCCCCUUCAAGGCCACAUGCAGCGCUACGACUCCAUGUCCAGUAUCCAGAGCAGCACAUCUUCUAUGAGAGACUCCCAGGGAAGCAGCCGCAGCCUAGAAUCUAUCACUCUCUCAGGAGAUGAAAGGGAGCUGGGGAAGCUGAAUGUCAAGCUGUGUUACCAGGAGCCUCUGGAGCAGAUCUGGAUCACUGUGGUAAAGUGCAAAGACCUGUACGUACCUGAUGGAGAGCUGCACAAAGUCAGUGUCAAAGGGAUUAUAACCUUAGCCAAACCAGUGCAGUUCAGGUCUUCAAUCAAAGAAGGGUCACCUAAUGUGGAGUUCAUGGAGACGUUCGUCUUCGCCCUGAAGCUCCAGCAGCUGCAGACUGUGGGCCUGGUGUUUAAAGUACAGACCCACAACCCUCGGAAGAGGACGCUGGGGGAGUGCUCAGUGACACUCCGAAAGCUCAGCUGCCAGGAGAUUCCCUACUGGCUGGACAUCAGCCCACCUUCCAAAGCCCCGAUCUGUCAUGCUGAGCUCCAUAUUGCUACCUGUUUCCAGCCGGUCAGUGGCAGAAUUCAGAUCCAGAUUCUGGGAGCACAGAACCUGCCCAGCUCCUCCACACCCUUGAGCCAGAGCUUUUUCAUUAAGGCUGAAAUGUACGGUGCAGAUGGGCUGGUAACCAAGAAGAAGACCCGGGCUGUGAAGUCCUCCGGGGGGCAGGCCCGCUGGGGGGAGACUUUCCUUUUCCCCGUGGCCCAGCAGGAACAGGGUCUCCGCUUCACAGUUCGGCUCUACAGCCGCAGCUCCGUCCGCAGAAAACACUUCCUGGGUCAGGUCCUCAUUGGCUGUGAAAGUACCACCAGUGAGGCCCUUGAACAGUGGAGAGACACAGCAACCAACCCAGAGAAAGUGGUCGCCAUGUGGCACAAGCUCAGUCCAAGCUGAAAGACCUCAGAGGACUUAACAACAAAGUACAGCAUCUGGCUUCUAUCAGACUUCCUGGAUCCAUGAGAGAAAAACUUGAAAUACAAAGGCUCAUUGAUGCAGGGCCUUGGAAAAUGCUUGAAACUGCACUUCGGUGGACAAGGAGACAUGACACAGCAUGUUUUUGUCAAAGCUUGUGCCUGCUGCUGUGCUGUUUGUAGAAGUGGUGUUCCUUGUGCUACAGAAACCUUGCUUUGAAAUGUGUUCAUUGUUCUGUACAGACACAGCCAAUAGGACCAGCUCUCUUGGGUGGAGGUUUCUCUUUUAGCAAGGUUUAAUCAGCUAAAUGGCAAAUAACUGUCCAAACAUGCUUGAGUCCUCUGUUAUGCUACCAGCACAAUGUUUGUAUGUGUUAGUCAGUGUAGGAUGGAGGGAUAAACCCACAGAGAAGAAAGUAAAGUGGAUUAGAGAAGUUAUGCUGAGGCUGUUAAACAGCACCAAGCAUUUUAAUUUCUGCACAGAGCUGUUCCAGCCUUCUUUUUUAAUGUGAGAAAGAGGAGCCACAUGGAGGAGAAAAGACUGGAAAGGUGAUUGAAAUCCACGUAAUUACAGUUGAAUACCUUUUUUAAAAGUGUCCGCUUAUGUCCUUAUUAAGCAGUUUAUGAUAUAAUGUAGGCUUGACUUCAUGACUUUUAUUUAAUUCCUGUUUUGUUGAAGCUCAAUUGAAAAUACCCUCUAACAAGUCAGAGUACUAGUAAACCUUUCAGGUAGGACACAUUCAAGACUGAUCUCUUGGUCUUAAAAACCUACAGGAAACAGUAAAUGGUGUCUUUUUAAAAUACAAAUUAAAAGCAAAACAUGCAGGUGUUUUUCCCAAACCUGGUCUACUAAAUGAUGAUUCAGAGAAUGCUUAGCAUAACCCACAUUUGUCAUGCAUUGAGUCUGAUUGUCUCAAAUGAUGGGAUUGCAUUUAUGGAAUGGAUUAUAAGAGUUUUAUUUUUGUCUGUUACAUCACACUUAAAAAUAAAACAGUAAGUGAGAGGUUAGUUUUAUAGAGAGCUGAAGUAAAUGUGAAUUUGAAUUAGUAGAAAACUGAGCAUAGUUUUAUUUCUAAUAGGGACACUUCAAAUGUGUGCCCAUUCCUGUGUGUUACACAAAAGAAUUAUAAAGCUAGGUUCAAAGAGUGGCAUGUCAGACCUUUUUUUCUCUACACCAUGAUUUGUCCCUGGGAGUUCCAUCUGGUGAGGACAUAUUAAGACUCUUCGCACUCCACAUUACCACUGCCAAUCAACUGCCUACUACUGAGAUGGGAUUUUCAACACACUAUAUUUUUAUUAAAAAUAGAAACACUUAUGUUUUUAAAUUGGUGGAUAAUUUACUGAACAAAAAUAGUUUAUUCCAAUUUCACAGGUUUGCUCUCUACAGAUAGAAAUCCAUGUAAAGUCUGAGAUUCUGUGGAGAAUGAAGAUUUUUUGUCAUAUCACAGCACCUUACCAUAUAUAAUACUCUUCGGUCAGAACAAAACAUCACAUGUUGUCAAGAUAGUAAUUCUAUAUUUAGUACAGAACAGUGAAAUUAAAUACAUAUUAAUAAAACACAUUUGUCUCGAAGGCCAUGUCUUGUGAACUAGUAUAUCUAAUGUAUUAGGCUGUCUACAGAAAUUGGUCACAGAAGAACAUGAUACAACACAUGGAAAUUACAACAGUUGAACUUGGUAUCAUUUUAAAUUUGUUUUAGAAUUCUUUUUCACACCGUUCACAAAGUUCAUAUGAUAACAAAGUAAUACAAUUACACAAAUUAGAAUAAUGUAAACUAUUAAAAUUAAUAAUGUAACUAUUUAAGCAUUUUUGUUUUCAGAAGCAUAUUGUAAAAUUAUAUUUGUAGAUGUACAUAUGUUUUCCGAACCCAUGCCAUCAGAAGGGACAACCAAAUAAAAUAUUUUUAUUGG